GUGAUGGAGUACCUUAUUGGUGGAGAUGUCAAAUCUCUUCUCCAUAUUUAUGGAUAUUUUGAUGAAGAAAUGGCUGUUAAGUAUAUUUCUGAAGCAGCAUUGGCUCUUGACUAUCUUCACAGGCAUGGGAUAAUUCACAGGGAUCUGAAGCCGGACAACAUGCUCAUUUCUAAUCAGGGCCAUAUAAAGUUGACAGACUUUGGGCUUUCCAGAGUUACUCUGAACAGAGAGAUAAAUAUGAUAGAUAUCCUUACUACACCAUCAAUGGCAAAGCCAAAACAAGACUACUCACGUACUCCAGGACAAUUGUUGUCUCUCAUCAGUUCUCUGGGUUUUUAUACUCCUGUUGGAAUGAAAAUGCCAGGGCACAAUUCAAGUCAGUCAUCUGACAGUCUGCAUGGAGUGGUUUCUCCCUUACCUAUGGUCCAAAAGGAAAAUACCCCUCUUUCAACUAAAUUAUUCAAAACAUGUCUUGAUACUUCUCAAUUAACUCCUGUGAUGCCAGUAAGAAGUUUAACUCCUACGCUACUUCAGUCAAGAAAAAGGUUUGGUACCUCUAGUACCAGUAGUCAAUCACACAUGUACCUGUCCAGUAUGGAAUUGGAAUGCUGCAGCAGCUCCAGGUGGGAGAAAGAUGUAGAGCAAAGUGAAGAUGAACUAUGUUCUACAACAGGCAGGACAAGUAACAGUGGGUCAGCUCUCCUUUCGAAUGUAGAAUUACUGAAUGGCAAAGGCAGUAAAGCUUUAAAGAAAAAAGAACUGGAGUCUGCCAUUUCUCCCAUCAGCAGCAAUGAUUCUGGCAAUAGGCAGAAGCUGGGAAGUGAACAUUCUGAUAUAACAGAUACUCCUGUGACCACACUGGAUAUGAAAGGCAUAGUCAGAAAAUGUCUUUCUGAAAAUAAAAUUUGGGAAGAAAAACUCUUUGUAAAUAAGAGAGAUAUGACUAAUAAACCAGCAGAAACUUCCAAUCAACAACAGUCACCUUCAAGGCAGAGUGAGCCUGUCAAGCCUAUCAAAGAGGAAGAAAUUUUUGAAAAGCCAGGUGUAAAAAGAAGCUUUGAGUUAGUUGACACUAGUCCUUGUCAAGAAUUUAACUAUGUUAAAAAAAGCAACGCAGAAUAUAAACGUGGCUGUCAGAUCUCAGAAUUUCCAGCAAACGAAAGGACAGGUUUGACAACAGAAAUUCAGUCCUUAAUGCUUUAUGAUGAUGGAUGCCUACGUGACACCUGCAGAAGCACCGAAGAACUUAAGAAUUUUAUUGGUAACCAGCAAACAGUAGAAAAAUCACUUACUCCAAUUAUAGCCAAAAAUCUUAUGUGUGAUCUGGAUGGAGACUACGAAAAGGAUGAUAAAAAGGAGUACAUGAACUCAAGUUUUUUAGGCACUAACGAUGAAAAACCUUUAGGAAUCCUCAGUGUAGAUUCUGAUGUAUCAUUUCCUGAAAUGUCUGUUACAGAAAGUCAUUUGGAAAAGCAGCUUUUAGAUUUGGACAAAAGUGUUAAAGACCUCUCCUUUGAGGAACCAAAACCAGAAGGCAUGCUAGUAACAUCGCCAGAGUCCCAAGAUGCCUCACAAAGUGCAGAGGAAGUGCAUACUGUCCAGGACUGCAAGCCAUUGCAUCAUGAAAAGGAUAAUGACCAAAAACACAUGAAAGAAACUUACCUUGACACACUAGCUUCUCCUUCAGAAAAGACAAUGGAAGCACUGAAUCUCUUAAAAAAAAAUGCUGUUGUUUUUCGAAGUUAUAAUAGUCCAAUUAAUAUAUCCAAUGUAUCUGAGCCAUGUAGCAUGGCUUCCUUAGAUAUAAUGGAUCUUUCACCUGCUUGUAGUGGCUCUUACCCAACAGCUAUUACUCCAUUACAGAAAGGAAGGCCGUAUAGGGUCUAUCAGACACCUCAUCAGGGAGAUGCUGGCACACCAUACAGGACUCCAAAGAGUGUAAGAAGAGGAACUGCCCCAGUAGAAGGUGAACGCAUCCUAGGGACCCCAGACUACCUGGCACCUGAGCUGCUUUUGACAAAGCCUCAUGGUUCUGCUGUAGACUGGUGGGCCCUUGGAGUUUGUCUGUUUGAAUUUCUAACUGGAAUUCCACCUUUUAAUGAUGAAACACCAACACAAGUCUUCCAAAAUAUUUUGAAAAGAGAUGUUCCCUGGCCUGAGGGUGAAGAAAAGCUGUCUGAUAACGCCCAAAAUGCAAUAGAUAUUCUUCUGACAAUUGACAGUACCAAGAGAGCUGGGCUGAAGGAACUGAAACAUCACGCCCUCUUUCAUGGUGUGGACUGGGAUAAUCUACAGAAUCAAACAAUGCCAUUUAUACCUCAGCCAGAUGAUGAAACUGAUACCUCCUACUUUGAAGCUAGGAAUAAUGCUCAGCACCUGACUGUGUCUGGAUUUAGCUUAUAG